AUGGCGGCCGAAGUGCGGCCUUUACUGCCCGCUCGCGCACCGCCAGGACCGGCCGCGCUGACCCCCGAUCAAGCAUACUGGAAGACGUUCAAGAACCAAGUGCUUCUGCCGUCGCCUCACAACUCCGCCGUCACCUCUAUUACCACGCCCACACACAAUCCCUCUGGCAGCCAAGCCGACGUCUUCGCUGUCACCAGCGGCGGCAGAGUGCAAAUCUUCAACAUCAAAACUCGCAAAUUGGUCAAAAGCAUCAGUCGGUUUGGGCUGGAAGACACUGCACGUAGCGGUGUCUUGAGACGAGAUGGACGCAUUCUACUGGCGGGCGGAGACAGUGGCACUGUACAAGCGUUCGACACCGGGAGCAGAGCGAUUCUGAAACAAUGGAGGGGCGCACAGGCACAUCGACAACCCGUGCACGUUGUUCGAUGGAACCCCAGCGUCCUCACCGACCUAAUGAGCUGCUCGGACGAUCGCACAGUGAGGGCGUGGGAUCUUACAGAAGACGUCGCCAAAUGGACCGGAGUCGGGCAUGCAGAUUACGUGCGAUCUGGUUGCUAUUUGCCGGAACAGCAGAGCAUGAUUGCAAGCGGUAGCUACGACCAGACCGUUCGACUGUGGGACUCGAGACAGCAGGGCGCUGUGAUGACAUUCAAGCAUGCCGCGCCAAUCGAAUGUAUCCUUCCACUUAAUGCCUCAACGCUCGCUGCAGCUGCCGGGAACGAAGUGAGCAUUCUCAACCUCACCGCCGGCCGACCCGAGCAUUUCGUGCGUGCUCAUCAGAAGACCGUAACCGCUCUGAGCACGGCGCAAAACUCCCGCCGCCUCCUCACCGGAGCGUUGGACGGCCACGUCAAGAUUCACGACGUCACAUCCUGGGAAGUCGUUGGGGGCAUCAAGUACUCAGCCCCGAUACUGUCUCUCGCCGUCAUUAACGCCGGAGCUGAGGACAGGCAUCUAGCCGUUGGACUGCAGUCCGGCCUGUUAGCACUGCGCACCCGUCUAGCUGGCUCAGAGAAGGUUCGAGCAAAGGAAAAGGAGAAGAAGAUGCAAGCCUUGCUCGCGGGUGAAGGUGAUGAAUACGAACGCAAGCAACGCAAGAAGGAUCUCCGACAAGGCGUCCGCGCACGCGACCGUGGCAAAGACUUUCAAGGCGAAGGCGCGGACAUUGUCAUCACGGGCAACGAGCGCUCAAGACAAAGCAUGAAGAAGCUCAGUGCGUGGCAGCGAAGUCUACGUGGAGGCGAGUACGGCUUGGCGCUCGAUCAAGUGUUGCAGCCAGACGAUGGCACGGUCAAGAACGCGGAGGUGGUAACUCUGGUGACAGCGCUUCGACACCGAUCGGCAUUACGGAUUGCCCUUGACGGCCGGCGGGCGGAGCAGCUGGUAUCGAUUCUCGAAUGGUGUCUCAAGGGCAUUGCUUCGCCGAAGAAUGUCUACUUGGCCUACGACGUGAUGCUCGUGCUGGUCGAUCUGUACAGCCACAAGCUGGUGGAGUGGGCGGAGGAUGGCGAGGAGGGCGAGGAAGUGGUCCGGCUUAUUAAGAGGGUGCAGAAGCGAGUGAGAUCGGGGGUUGAGCUGGCGGAAAGGGCCGCAAGCACGCUGGGGAUGGUGCAGAUGCUAGAGGCGGGAUGA